AUGGAGUCUGCGCUGACAGGAUGGGGCCCACCGGCAGAAGACAGGUUGGCUUUUCAACGAAGAUGCGAGGAAAAGCUGCGGGAAAUUCGUGGGGUGGGCUUGGGUGGGACCUGCGGAGCAAGCGGAAAAAUGAGUGCGGAGCAGACUCAGCAGUUUUAUGACGGGGCGCUGUCGAGCUUCGGAAAGAUAGCCGAGAAGAGUGUUAACGCAGCCAGCAACAGCAGCCGCAAGCGGACGUUCCAGCAAUACCAAGACUUCCUGGCGCGGAAUGCAUUCGGGGUUACGGUCGAGACCGCCACGGCUGCUGACGUUGGGGCGUUCAUCCUGGGGGAUUGGAUUCCCAAUCAUAAGGCCGGUUGCAGGACCAAGCUGCCCGGGACGGGGGAGCCCAUCCCGUCAGCGUCUGCUGUGACCCACGUGGUAAAAGACUUAUCAAAGUCUUACUCCCUCCUCGGUUUCGAAGGGCGGGCCAAUCCCGCCAAAGCCGAGGUGGUGAAGUCAUUCCGCGUGGGAUACGAGAAGAUGUUGCACGAGCAGGGGGUGAAGGUUCAGUGCGCUAAAGUCUUCACGGAAGCAAAGCUGGACGCACUGCUAGCUCACCUUGCGCGGCUGAUCCAGGAGAGCUCCCCUGGUUUAGAGAGGUGCGUUCUGUUGACGGACCAGGCGGCCGUGUUGUAUCUUUGGGAGACGCUCGCACGGGGGAAGGAGUGCGGGCAGCUGCAACGACGGCAAGUGGAGUUGGAGGAACAGGUGGCUUACCCGGGUUGGAGUAAGACAGUCCGGCAGGAGCCCAGCGCGCGGAUUCCGCUCGCGGCGCCGGAAUCUCAGAGCCGGCUAACCUUCGUGGCGGCUGCUGAGGCGUUGUUACUCGGUAUGGUAGAAGGAGGGCAUCCAGUCGGAGAGGAUGGCUUCCUGUUCCGGGCCAUGAAUAGGAGUCGGACCGGUUUUGUUAAUGAGCCAAUGAGCAGCGACACCUUGAGAAAAAGGUUGCAAAAGCGGCUUAAGGAAGCCGGACUGUUCGAGGGCGAAACUGUGCAUAGCUUCCGUCGCUCCGCCGUCCAGCAUGCGGCGGUGAACCUGAACUAUAACGUUAAGCAGUUAAUGGAGUUAGGGAGGUGGAAGAGUUAUGCGGCCUUCCGAUUAUAUGUAGAGGAAGUGUGGCGCAAGUGA